GGGAGCGGGCUGUGCGCGCUGGCUCGCAGAGGAACCAUGUACCGGCGCAGCUACAUCUUCCAGACUCGCAAGGAGCAAUAUGAGCGCGCCGAGGAGCCGCCGCGCGCCGCCGAGUCGGACAGCCUGACGGAGGGCUGGGCGGGCGCGCCAAGCCUGGCGGCGCUGCAGGGACUCGGCGAGCGCGUGGCCGCCCACGUCCAGCGGGCCCGGGCGCUAGAGCAGCGCCACGCUGUCCUACGGAGGCAGUUGGACGCCUUCCAGCGCCUGGGCGAGCUGACCGGCCCCGAGGAUGCUCUCGCCCGCCACGUGGAGGGCAACCGCCAGCGCGCCCGGGACCUGGCGGCCGAGCGCACCCGGCUGGAGCGCCAGGGCGCAGAGGCUCAGCGCGCGCUGGACGAAUUCCGGAGCAAGUAUGAAAAUGAGUGUGAGUGUCAACUGCUGCUAAAAGAGAUGCUCGAACGGCUUAACAAGGAAGCUGAUGAGGCUCUAUUGCGAAACCUGCGCCUUCAGAUCGAAGCCCAGUUUCUGCAGGACGACAUCAGUGCGGCCAAGGACAGGUACAAAAAGAAUCUUCUGGAAAUUCAGACCUAUGUCACCAUCCUGCAGCAGAUCAUCCAGACCACCCCGCAAGCAGCCGCCAUAACAAGUGGGAUGAGGGAGGAGAAGCUCCUGACAGAACGGGAAGCUGCCACCCUGCAGAGUCAGCUGGAGGACAGCCGGGAAGUGCUCUGCCUCCUGCAGGCCCAGAAGGUUGAGCUACAGGCCCAGACAGCAGCCCUUGAACAAGCUAUUAAAGAUGCCCACCUGUGUUACGAUGAUGAGAUUCAGCUCUAUAACGAGCAGAUUGACACCCUGAGGAAGGAGAUUGAGGAGUCAGAGAGGAGCCUGGAGAGGUCUUCCUAUGACUGCCGCCAGCUGCUGGUCGCCCAGCAGACGCUGAGGAACGAGCUGGACCGGUACCAUCGGAUCAUUGAGAAUGAAGGCAACAGACUGAGCUCUGCCUUCAUUGAAACACCCAUCACACUGUACACAGCGAGCCAUGGAGCCUCCCUCAGCCCUCGGCAUGGUGGGAAAGAUCUCACCAGAGUUGUGCAGGAUAUAACAACAGCAAAACCAAGACAAAAAGGCCUCCCCAAGAAUGUUCCAAGGAAAAAGGAGAUUAUAGCAAAAGACAAAGCAGAUGAAAGUCUGGAAGAGGCACCACUGAGGGGUCUGGAAGACGCAAAGCCGGGGCGGGUGGUAUUUAAAGAAGAGGAAGAAUCUAAGCUUGAAUCAGGGGAUGAAGGAGUGAGUCUCUUGACCCCGGUAGGGGCGCCAGAGGAUGUUCCAGAUGGAGGGAAGAUAAGCAAAGCCUUUGAAAAACUAGGCAAGAUGGUCAAGGAGAGAAUGAAGGGCCCCAAAGAACCUGAGCCUCCCCCUGAGCUCUAUACCAAAGGGCGGUAUGUGCUGGUCUCCGGGGAUGCCAACUUCGUGGACCCGGGCUUCUGUUCCUUCUCUGUCCCAGCCAAAGGGGGUGUGGUUGUUUCCAAGGUGGAUGACUCUUUGCAUCCUGACCUCGGCGUGGAGCCCUCUCCCCCGCAGCCUGAGCCCCCUCUGGAGGAGGGACAGGGGCCUCCCCCAGAGAAAGAAGAUGCUCUGGAGGAUGGACAGGGGCCUCCCCCAGGGAAAGAAGAUGCUCUGCAGGAUGGGCAGGGGCCUCCCCCGGGGAAAGAAGAUGCGCUGCAGGAUGGGCAGGGGCCUCCCCCGGGGAAAGAAGAUGCGCUGCAGGAUGGACAGGGGCCUCCCCCAGAGAAAGAAGAUGCUCUGGAGGAUGGACAGGGGCCUCCCCCAGAGAAAGAAGAUGCUCUGGAGGAUGGACAGGGGCCUCCCCGGGGGAGAGAAGAUGGACACCCCCCUGCCAAGCACACUGCAGACAAGGGGGUUGAGAUAAAUCAACAGAAGGGCCCUGGGAAGAAGCAGGAUGUUCAGAAGGAGGAGGAGGGGGCCAGGAGGCCCUGUCCCAUGGUCAUGCCUGCUCCAGAGGGACCGUCCACACCCCAGUCUCAAGGGCCUCGGGUCACUCAUGGGGGGCCCCUGGGGCCUGGGGCCAGGAGCAGCAGCCUGCCAGCCAGAAGCCCUCCCAGGACGCUGGCCUAUGAGAAGGUGGAAGUGAUGGAAUCCAUUGAGAAGUUUUCCACGGAGAACAUUCAGACGUAUGAAGAGACCGCUGUGAUUGUGGAGACCAUGAUUGAGAAGACAAAGGCCAACAGGAAGAAAGUGGGAGAGAAAGGCUCCGGGGACGCCUAGCUCAUGGGGGGAAACAUCCCUCGGGCCGCUGUAGGGACGUGCUUUGCUGUUUUAGAAUAAACCUUGCAAGAGUGAGGGUUCUUGUUUGGGUUAGAGCAUACUUGGCCCAUCUGACAUUGCCAGUGAAGCCUUAAUUAAAGAGUUUUCUUUGCUUGCA